AGCUCUUAUUCUUUGACAUAGUCAAUUUAAAAAAAUACCAUGUGCGUAACGAUUCAAUUGUUUUAUUAUAUUUAAUUCAAUAAGUACAAUAUCAUGGAUUACGUAGUAGGUAGUGUUGCGGCCUUAGUAACUGGUAAUGUAACUCCUAAUCGACCAAAAUUUCUAAAACGUGCGUUAACCCCGACAAAACACCAACCCUCUCCAAAUGUUACCCCGAAGAGUGAGCUCGCUGAUGACCGAUCAAUUUUUCUUUCACCUACAUUACAAAAGAAGAAGGCUGUUGUAAAAAAGUCACCUAAAAGGAUUUUUGAAAACCCUGACUUGGACGUCACCAAUGAUGAUGAAGGGAGUACGAAAUCUAAAAGUCCGAAGGCCGAAAAAGUUAAAAAGCAUCUUAAAGAAGACCUAGACGCAGAUUUAAGUCCUAAAUCAAUUAAAAACAAAAGCCCAAGUAUUAAAGAUGUACAAUUUCAGAGUACAGAAAAUGAAGAUAUGGAUAUUUCUGGCAGCUCACAAGUUGAAAAUGAAAGUACUCCUAAAAAGAAGAAAAAGAAACAAAGUCUUAUUAUUGAACCAAUUGACAAUAUAAAUACUUCAAUUGACAAUAUUGAUGAAAUUAAAAAUAAAACAAUCUCACCUAAAAAAAAUAAAAAAGGCAAGAAAAAAACUAUUGUUGAAACGAAUGUUGACGCAGAGAAUAACAUAAGCCAUACAAAUGAAACUCAAAAUAAUGAAACUGAGAAAUCAGAUACAGAAGAAAAUUCUACAGUUAUUAAACAAAGCAAGAUUUUAAACAAUAUUGAAAAUUUGGAAAACCCUAAAAAAGCUAAAAAGAAGAAUAAGAAACAAAAGAAAAAAUUAAAUAAUAAAACCGACAAUACCAACAGUAUGGUUACAAAAAAUACACUGGCCGAGUCUAAUAUAAGUAUCUCAAAAAAAAAUAAGAAUAAAACUACAGUUAAUCCUAAUGCUAUUACGGAUAAAGACAGUGAUUCAGAACAUGAUUCCGAUAAUGAGAUUGAUUCAGAAGACGAACAGAACAAUAAAGAAGUACUUGACACAGGUCCAGCGGACGACAGCUCAGAAGAUGAAGAAGAGAAGCCAAAGAAGAAAGAAAAAGUACAGAAGAAAGAAGUAGUCGUAAAUACAGAAGAAGAAGUCAAAAGAACACUGUUUGUAGGAAAUGUGCCUUUCAGUCCAAAAUGCAAGAAGGAAAUUAAAAAGAUCUUUAGUAAAUACGGGCAGAUUGAAACCGUAAGAAUCCGCACAGUCCCUGUUAAAGAUGGUAGAGCAACCCCUAAGUUAGCUGUAAUCAAGAACGAUCUCCAUCCAGAGCGUUCAACUGUCAAUGUGUAUGUCAAAUUCCAGGAUGCAUCAUCUGUAAGAGAGGCAUUAGCUGAAAAUGGUACUGUACUAAAUGAUCAUCACUUAAGAGUGACCUUCAGUGACUGUACGGGUUCAGAACAUGACCCUAAAUGCGCUAUCUUCGUUGGAAAUCUACCAUUUGCACUGGAAGACGAGACUCUACAACAGAAGUUCCAGCAGUGCGGAGAGAUUGAAUCCGUACGGAUCAUAAGAGACUCUAAGACAAAAGUGGGGAAAGGAUUUGGAUAUGUUAACUUUAAAUCUAAAGACGCUGUUGAAUUGGCCCUACAGUUACCCGAAGAGGACUUAACAAUCAAAAACAGAAUACUCCGGGUGAAAAGAUGUAUGCAAACAAAUACUAAACAAAAACCUCAACAGGAAAAUCGCAGGGGAAAUUUCCAAGGAGGUCGUGGCAGAGGGAAUACACGAGGUGUAUUUGACAGGGGAAAUACGCAAGGUGGAUUUGGAAGGGGAAAUGAACAAGGUGGUUUUGGCAGAGGGAGUAUGCGAGGUGGCUUUGACAGAGGCAAUUCGCGAGGUGGUUUUGGCAGGGGAAAUACACGAGGUAGUUUUGGCAGGGGAAAUACGCGAGGUGGUUUUGGCAGAGGAAAUAUGCGUGGUGGUUUUGACAGGGGUAAUGUGCAGGGUAGGGAACAGUUUUGGAACGGAGAUGACAAGCAAGUGGGUAGACCUGCCUAUAAUGAUAGUAAAGCUGACGGAGCUAUGAGAAGAUUAAUGAAGAAGAGAUCAAACCAGGAUGGUGCUGAUGGUCCUCCAAAUAAAAUGCAAAAAACUAUAAAUCAGCCAGGGAAAAAGCAGCGCAAGGAAUUUGUUGGAAUGACAGCAGAAAAGAAAAAGAAAAGCAAAUUCGACAAGGGACAAAAGAAGAAGAAAGCACUCAGUGAGAUAUUAACUAAAUAA